AAGCAGAGCUCGGCCGAGAGCGACGCGUGGGUGCUGCAGUUCGCCGAGGCCGAGAACAGACUGCAGAUGGGCGGCUGCAGGAAGAAAUGCCUCUCCAUCCUCAAAACGCUGCGCGACCGGCACCUGGAGCUGCCGGGCCAGCCCCUCAACAACUACCACAUGAAGACUCUGGUUUCGUACGAAUGCGAAAAGCACCCGCGGGAGUCGGACUGGGACGAGUCGUGCUUGGGCGACCGCCUCAACGGGAUUUUACUGCAGCUCAUCUCGUGCCUCCAGUGCAGGAGGUGCCCGCAUUACUUCUUGCCCAACUUAGACCUGUUUCAGGGCAAACCUCACUCGGCCCUGGAAAACGCGGCCAAACAAACGUGGCGACUCGCUAGGGAAAUACUCACCAACCCGAAAAGUUUGGAGAAACUUUAG